AUGUGGCUCACGCACUUAAUAGAAAGAAAUAGUUGUUUAUUUUCUAUAUUAACAUGUGUAUUCCUUACAUUUUCUUACGUUGGAAGUUUAUAUAUUUGGAGGUCUAAUUUAAGCAGAGACCACCCAACUACAAUCAAAAGGAGAUUUUUCAGUGUCAUUUGUAUGAUGUUUCUAGCACCUUUUUUUACAUAUGCGCUUGUAAAAGAAGAAACUUUGAAAAAUGGAAAUAUAUAUGAUUAUAUGGGCCUCAGAAUACCUGGCAUGAUAGCAGCAUUAUUUGUUCCCUUGCUCUUAACCGCUACUUUAUUUUUGGGGCCCCUGACAAUGCAUUUUUUUGCUGGAACAUGGAAAUUGUAUUCAGAUCCAUUUUACUGGUUUUCUAAUUGGACAAAUUUGGUGUGGCUGCGUAACCACAUAAUGGCUCCUUUAAGUGAAGAAUGGGUGUUUAGAUCAUGUAUGAUGCCACUAUUACUACAGUGUCUUGAUCCACUCACAGCUGUGUUCAUUGGACCAUUCCUUUUUGGGAUUGCUCAUUUUCAUCAUUUAUAUGAGCUUAUGGCUGCAGGGCGUUCAUUUAAGUCUGCUUUAUUUAUCUCUGGUUUCCAAUUCUCAUUUACAACAGUAUUUGGUGCCUAUUCAGCAUAUUUGUUUUUGAGAACAGGACACUUUUUCGCACCACUAGUUGCCCACAUAUUUUGUAAUCAUCUAGGAUUCCCUCACUUCUUUGCAGCAUUUGAGUUUCCACCUUUUCCUCGUGUGAUUAUUCUUAGUAAUUUUGUGAUUGGGUUGAUUUUAUGGUGUUACUUGCUUGUGCCAUUAACAGAUCCAUACAUUUAUGACAACAGGUUACAAUUAUUAAAC